CAAGUUACCAUGCUUCCUCUUUGAUUUGUAGUCGAGUUUGUUGUUACUGUGCACUCUGCUGCAUGCCUAUACCACACCUCCCAUACAUGAAGAUAUUCUAUGCCUGUUCUUUAUAUGUGUGCCAGCGAGAACUUCAAAGGUCUUGUUUUCCACUCUUAUUUAUCGUAAUCAAGUUUGGUUGUUCUUGACGGUUUAACUUCCAAUAUUCAAAACAGCAAAGAUGCGAGUCUUUCUUAAUUAGUUGGGUGCUGCAAUUCAAAGGAUGCAUUGAAAAUUCAUUACGGGAGACAUGAUGAACACUUUUUCCCUGGAGUGAAGAUCAUCUUACAUCAGGUUGAAGAGGAUUUAGAAAUACAUCUUGCUGCAGCUUAGUGUUUUUCAAGCAUGGUCAUGGUAGGGUGAUUAUGCUUGUCAUUUAAAGCAAAGUGUAGAGAUCAACACAAAGAGCCGUUUUGCUUUGGUGUCGUUUAACAUGAGUAAUUGUCGAUGUAAUUUUGCUUGUUGCUAUUCUCUUUGCUUUAACUUUGUUAUGUUACUUCCGUUAAGAGCCGUGUUGAUGCUCUUUACAUUGAGCAUUUUGCUUCCAUUGGGCACUGCAUAAGCACAACUAAAAAUGUUACUCCGUAUCAAAUUCAUGGACCAGAUUAAUCACAUCUUUAGAACAUUUUGGGUUUUGAUGGUUUUUGCACAGUUUUAUUGCUUGGUUUCCGGUGUUGGGCACGGGAUUUCGCGCAACGCGCGUUGCCAUGCUAGUCAUUAUAAUACAUGGCGGCAACAGUGAGCCCUUGGGCAAAGCCUGGCGAUUGGGCUUUAGAUUCCGAGGAGAACGAUGCAGAGCUUCUUCGUCAGGCAAAGCAGGAUUUGAUCAAUAAAGCAGGAAACGAUUCGUCUCUCUCGGACUUCCCUUCCCUGUCAACUGCUGCCGCCACCAAGACCAAGAAGAAGCCCCAGACCCUUUCCUUGCAGGAGUUUUCCGCUUACGGAUCCGGCAAACAAACCCAAUCCGUCGGGCUUACCCACGAGGAGAUCAAGGCUCUUCCCACCGGUCCUCGAGAGCGGACUGCCGAAGAACUCGACCGGUCUAGGCUUGGUGGCGGUUUCAGAUCGUACGGAUCUUCAUACGACAGGCCUGCUCGCGACGAGCCGCGUAGGCAGAGGGAAUCCGAUCGGGAUUUCGGUCCUUCUCGCGCUGAUGAGACUGAUGACCGGGGAGCAGGCAAGAAAUUCACAGCAGGUAACGGGUUUGAGAGAAGGGACAGAGGAGAAAAGGUGGGAUUUUUCUCGGAUUCGCAGUCUAGGGCUGAUGGCUCUGAUAAUUGGGGCGCCAACAAAAGUUUCCUUCCCUCGGAGGGCAGAAGGUUCGACAGGAGAGGCAGUUUCGAAUCUAACGGCGGAGGCAGCGACCACUCAGACAAUUGGGCAAAGAAGAAAGAAGAGGAGGGGUGGAGAUUCAAAUCUGAAGGCGGCGCUUUUGAUAGUUUAAGAGAUAGAAGGCGUGGUGCUAAUGAUAACGAUUCGGAUCACUGGGGAAAGAAAGUGGAGGAGGGAAGCGGAGGGAAUGUGAGGCCCAGGUUGAAUUUGCAGCCGAGGACGCUGCCCGUAGCCGAGGGGCAGCAGAAUGGUAAUGCUACUUCAGCAAAACCCAAGGGCGGGUCUAAUCCUUUUGGGGAAGCUAGGCCCAGGGAAGAGGUGUUAAAGGAGAAGGGACAGGACUGGAAGGAGAUUGACCAAAAGCUGGAGUCUUUAAAGGUCAAUGAGGUUGCUGAUUCUUCUUUAUCCAGGAAGAAGAGCUUUGGGAGCAGCAGCGGACGUUCCUACUCACCUGAGGGAAGAAUUGAGAAGAGUUGGAGGAGGCCUGAUGUAGUAGAUGAUGCUCGACCUUCCAGUGGCAAUGGAAAUGUGGACAAAUCUGUGGAAGAAGCUGGAGAUGCAGAACAUGAACGCAGUGAACCUUUCAUAGAGCAGGAGAAUGAGCAACACUAAAAGUUGAGCCUGUCUAUGAUGGAUGUAUUUGGCUACUCUGCAUGGUUUCUGUUUUUCUCUACUUAAUAUACAUACAAAUCAUAUUUGCCUUUUAUUUCCUUGUGAUUGGAAGAAGUUGAGUCAAUUUUGGUAGACCUGCAAGUAGAAUCAUUAUUUCAUGGGCCUCAUGGCUAUAUGGCUUGUUUCUGGUUGGUAUGAGGUCGAUUGAUACAUUUAUAUCAUGGAUUCAUGGAC